UCGCCAGACAACUUCAAUAAGACUUUUUACUCUCUAACAGCACAAGGAUUACACCGCCUCAUAAGGAUGUGACUCCAGACGACGGCUUAAAUGUGCUUUUCAGGAUUGUUACACUGACACACAAAUCAGAAAUCGGCGGACCAAGCGAGUUUGCGGAGUGAACGAGUUUUUUCCGUGGGAUCAAUGGCGCUACAUUUGUGAGAAAACGCACAAAGAAUGUUAGUGGAUUUGAAAUCACGCUGCUUGUGAUUUUGAAGUUCUGUUGCGCAUGGAACUAUGAACGAUCCGGAGCUCACGCCGACCUCCAAGGCGCUACAGCGAAUGGCUUCGUCUUUGCCCGGGGAGGAGAGCGCUCUGUCCGGCAGCGUGUGCAUCCCCGAGCGCAACGGGAUUUUCUUCAUCCACUGCUUUAUCUGUGGAAGCGGAGUGACCCCGGGAAAAGAGCUGAGCUUACAGGUAAAAUACCAACGAGAAAAGGAUAGCCCAUUUUUCCCUUUCCUGCAAGGCCAGGACCCGGCUCCUGGCGCGCCGGAGAUCAGUCCGGAUGGGGACGCUCUGGUGUGUGCCGUGUGCCACUGCUUCCUGCGCGAACAGUGGAACUCAUUCGAGCGCAACAGGACGCCCAUCGAGAAGCGCAUGUACUGGCUCAAGAGACCAUACCAGUGCGAUUUACGGAACAUUAGCUACGAUCUUGAGCGGAGAAUGAGCGUUAGUAAUUAUGACGCCAAUGAGUCGGACAUUUCCUCAUUCUCUGAUAAUGACUUGUCCGAGCAGGACUUGGACCUGUCAGCGUGUGUAAUGAAUAGCAAUAAUGCCACAAGUUUCCGUGCGUCUAAUAAAGCUUCAAGAGAAGGCAGUAGAAAGAGCGCAAUGAGUGUUAAGAGCAGUCCUGAGUCAGCGCGAUAUCCGACCAGAGUUUACACAGCUCAGGACGUACCUAAAUCAGAUCGGCGUGCGACUAAAAUCAUCAAUCACAUAUCGCACUCAUCGGUGUCCAUGGCUGUCCAGCAGUAUGACAGUCUAUCUGUGCGCACACCCCUGCAGGAUAACGGCAUAAUUACGUGCAAUAAGCAGUGGAUACAUGCGUCCACCGGUGAUUUGGACGCGUCUGACAGCUGCGAGAUCAACAUCACCAGCGAUGAUGAGAGAGAGCGCGCAGCAUCAUCGCACUUUGAUGUAGAGAGGAGUCAAGCUGCCAAAUGUCACUCCAGUCUUUCUGCUGACGAAUGCGUCUGUUAUAUUUGUGGAAGCAAGCUUUCAGCAGGAGGUCGCUUCAGAGUGUUUGUGCAGAAGCAGGAGAGAGCGUCCGGUGAACCAUUCUUUCCUUUUCUGUGGCUUCACACCCCUCCACCCGGUGCUGUGCCACUCAACCUGGGUGGAUAUACUCUGGUUUGUACCACUUGCCACUCCUCCCUCAUGCAGCAGUGGCGAGGGUUCGAGCUAGCAGAUGUGCCUGUUCUCCAGCGACUCUAUGUAGUGCCCCUCAACACUGGUGCUGCAACCCCUCUUUCUCCACCUGCCAUGAAUGAAUGUGUGGCUGGAUUACCAAAAAUCCACCCACUCCCCUCCAUGCCACAGAACCACAGGGAGGCCUGCUACCUAUGUGGGCAGGACUGCGGUCGAGAGGUCAGGACGGCAUACACCCAUGCUGGUGCAAGUAAAGCCCGCAGUGCAAUGUAUUUUCCAUUCAUAAACCUGCUACCAUGCCCUCCUAAUGCUCAGAGUGUGCGGAAUGGACAGGUACACUGCUGUGUCACAUGUCACAGAAUCUUGGAGGGGGUCUGGGCAGAGUACUGCCUCUGUCUAAGUGAGGAGCUCAUUACUUCCGUCAGCACGUUCCUUGAGAGAUACCACCUGGCCAUGGGAAGAGGAGGAGUCUUGGUAUCCCCCCCCAGAGGACCUCUGUUGACCCCUUCUCAGACUGCCAUAACAACCUCAAGCCACACCUCCAUCUGUUACUUGUGUGGGGAGGAACUCUCUGGAGGAACAGAGUAUCAGCUUCACGUUAACCCUCCGGGGCGUUGUGGAGAGCGAGAACCCUUUUUUCCUUUUCUAACUGUCCACCCUCCCGCUCCCCGUGCCCGCCCUGCUGAUGCCACGGGCCUUGUGUCUGCUUGUGCACUGUGCUACCAUGACCUGCUGGGCCAGUGGACCCAACAUGAGAGUCAGGGCUCAGGAUCAGGCCCGUCCAGCAGCCCCUGGGCACGCCAGUAUAACUGCAACACAUUCAUCUGCUUCUUCUGCAGGAAAGAGAAGAAGAGACCUCUUGGGCUGAAAGCGGUGUGCGUUGAACGCUUGCCUGUGUUCCUCUAUGCUCCAAGGGUCAGCCAGACCCUGGUAAUUGACAAUGGCAAGCAGUUAACAAUCGGCUCCUGUGUGGAAUGUAAGUCCAUGGUUCUGGCUGGACAGAACAUGAAGCCGGUCGGUGUAAUUGCACAGCACAAGGGUUUGUUGGUGGAGGAGACAGCCAGCAGCAGUAAGGAUGCAAGGACCAGACCAUCAAUAGUCACUGUGGCAGAGGUGGCAGAGCAAGACCACACUACAUCAUUCGAACCCAGAAUGACCUCUGUCACCUCGCCCCUGUGCAGCCUGAAAGUGGAAAAAGCAGAUAGCUCAGUGACCAGCAUGAGCCAUGAGCCAAAGUCACCAUCGUUAGGCAUGAUUUCCACUGCGACCCGCACCACGGCGACCGUCAGUCCCCUCACCCCGUCUCCCCUCAACGGUUCUAUUGUGCCCAAUGGCAGUCCUGCGUCUCAAUCCGCCCACUCGGGAUUUGCCGCCGCCCUCCGCAAGCUGGCUAAGCAGGCAGAGGAACCCCGAGCAGGAUCUUCCAUCAGCAGCGAGUCGUCUCCUGUCUCAUCUCCGGCCACUAACCACAGCUCCCCAGUCAGUACACCCAAGCGGGGCCCCAUGGGUCCAGUUAUAGUGCCUCCUGGGGGCCAUAGCGUACCCAGUACCCCACCUGUGGUCACUAUAGCCCCCACCAAAACUGUCAACGGCCUGUGGAGGAGCGAGAGCCGACCUGUACGAGAGGCCGAGCCAGGUCCUCGUGGACUCAGCCGGGACAGGUUAAGUUCAGAGGCUGCUUCUACCCAAGAGAAGGGGGGUCCCACUGUCCCAGCCCACCUAAUUGGAAACCCUUAUGCAUUUGGCUUGACGCCUGCAUCUGUGAUGCAGGACUCGCGCUUUCAGCCCCUUAACCUGCCCCGUCAGAUGCCCCAUGCUGUGCCCCCGACCAGUGUUCCAGAGGAAUAUCUGAGAGGGUUUCGUCCUUACACCACAGCUGAGGAGCUACGCAUGCCCUCGUUACCACUGGGGCUUGAUCCUGCCACUGCUGCAGCUGCUGCUGCCUACUACCAUCCUGGAUAUCUGCCCCAUCCUUCCUUCUCACACUACAGAAUGGAUGAUCCAUUCUGUCUGUCAGCGCUGAGGUCGCCGUUCUAUCCACUGCCUACAGGGGGAGCUCUACCUCCUCUACACCCAUCUGCAGUACACAUGCACCUACCUGGGGUGCGUUACCCUGGAGACCUAAGCCACCCCUCACUGUCUAGCCUUCAGUCAGAAAGACUUCAGAUGGAGGACGAGCUGCGUCAGAGAGAGAGAGAGCGAGGGAAAGAGCGAGAACGUGAGGCAGAGCGAGAAAAAGAGCGCGAGCGAGAGAGGGAGAGAGAGAAGGAGCUGGAGCGUGAGAGAGAGAGAGAGCGAGAGAGGGAAAAAGAGAGAGAGCGUGAGAGAGAGAUGGAGCGACAGAAGGAGAGGGCGGCACGAGAGAAGGCUGUGGAGAGCCACUAUCUGGCUGAGCUUCAUGGGCUGAGAGGCCCCCCAGACGACAGGGCCAAACCUGCAGACAGAAUCACUACGAACAGACCCGAUAAAACCAAAGAGCCCAUUCUUACAACCCCUAAACCCAUCCAGCCUGGACUCCACCACUCUCUAAACUCCACCCACCACCCUGUGCCCAGCCUCGUCUCUGCCCAUGGCAUGUAUCUGGGCCCUGGGGGGGCGGGACCUGCCGGUCUGACAGCAGCGACCAUGCUGCAGCGCACUAAUGAGGAAGAGCGCUGGUUGGCCCGGCAACGGAAACUACGACAAGAGAAAGAGGACAGGCAGUACCAGGUGUCAGAAUUCCGUCAACAGGUCCUAGAGCAGCACCUGGACCUGGGCAGACAGGGGGAAAUCGCAGAUCUGCAUAUAGAGGGACACAGACCUGUACCAAACCAUCAUGAGCCCAACAGCAGAGAUCGUGACCGAGACAGAGAUGCCCAUCCUCUCCUGGGAGCUCCGCCCCCUCUUAUCUCCCCAAAACACCAGCACAAAGAUCAGGCCCCCCCACCUCCAACCACGCUCUGGAACCCUGCAUCACUCAUCGAGACCUCCUCUGACUCUCGACGCACCUUGCACGACCCCCCGAGUCUGGGUCACUACGAUAUCAGUCGGCUUCCCCUACCCCCCUCCAAACAUGAACGGCAUUACAACUCUGAAAAGCUGGAAGAGGGAUCUCGGAAAAGGGACAGUCUGGAUAAAUAUCCCCCCAUCCGGCCCACUGGGUUCUCUGAGCCGAACACUUUCUUAGCAGAGCUGGAAAAAUCUACCCAGAGCUUCCUGAAUCAGCAGAGGGCACCGCUAAGUCUUUCAGGGCCGUACGGAGAGCUAAGCACAGGCCUGAAGUCCAGCGGGUCUUUUAAGAGCCUCCAGGGGCAUUCACGCCUCGCACCGGAUGCCAUGUUAGUGUAUGAUGAGUUCCUGCAGCAGCACAGACGAGCUGUCAGCAAACUAGACCUGGAGGAGAGAAGACGCAGAGAAGCCAGAGAGAAAGGUUACUACUACGAGCUGGACGACUCUUAUGACGAGAGUGAUGAGGAAGAGGUGCGAGCUCAUCUUAGGAGGGUCGCUGAACAGCCGCCACUCAAAUUAGACGAUUCCACCGAGAAGGUGGAGUUUCUGCAAAUGUUUGACCUGACCACUCUGGCCCGUCGGGAGGAGAUGAUGGAAGUAAAGAGGAGGAAGAGGAGGCGCAUGCUGAGAGAGAGGAGUCCCUCCCCACCAGCUGUUCAGAGCAAGCGGCCAACUUCUGCCCCCCUGAUAACCCGCUUUACCCCAGAGGACAUGAACAACAGCCCUGAGCUGGAGGACAAGAAACGCUUCCUCACCAUCUUCAGCCUCAACCACGUCACACAGCAGCAGAGAAGAGAUAAUGAGAGAGUUGAGGAAUUGUUGCAGGCCAUAAAACAGAAGAGUGUGACUCUAGACAGCAUCAGACACAAUCCUCACCCACUGUGCAGGAGCCCUGCAGCCCCAUACUUGGACCCAUCAUCUCAGUCUCCAGUCCAAUCCGAAGAGCUGCUGAAUGGACGGCCCCCCAGUCCUUCCCCAUCUGUGUCCGUGCCCCAGCCCCCAGCGGACCCCCUGUCCAUCUCGGAUCAGCACCGAUCCCUCUCUGAUCCCUUGAGACCGAAAGACUCUUCCUUCCCUGCUGCAUUACCUGACAAAGGUCAAGCCAAUGACAGCAUCCCUGGCAAGAGCUCUAGUCUGCUGAACAGUGUUCGACAGCCCCCAUUCACUAAAGAGAGUUCUGUUAGUGUCAAUGGAAAGACCAAACCCUGGGAGAGCUUUAUUGCAGAGGAGUUUGCCCAGCAGUUCCAUGAAUCAGUACUGCAGUCCACCCAAAAAGCCCUUCAGAAGAGUAAAGGUGGUACCUUGGUCAUGUCAGAACAGAACCAUGCAGUGGAUUCAUCCGUGCAUUAUAACAUUCCUGAGCUCCAGAGCACACCAGGCCGGUCCAAGCCCUACCCACACCCUCCCUCAUCUCAGCCCAAUGGACAGCACUGCCCCUCACAGCCCUCCCACCAGGAGAUCUCUGCCGAGGAGUCUGAGGAAGAGGAUGAGGAAGAUGACACUGAGGAGGAUGAGCCCUCCACGUCCAGGUGGCAGGGUAUUGAAGCCAUCUAUGAAGCUUAUCAAGAGUACACAGAAGAGCAAAGCAUUGAGCGACAGGUUCUCCACAGUCAGUGCAGACGGCUGGAGGUGCAUCACUAUAAUCUCAGUGUAACUGCUGAACAGCUCUCACACUCAAUGGGGGAGCUAAUGGCUCAGAAGCAGAAGCUGGCGGCCGAGAGGGAGAACCUACAGGCAGAGCUGGAGCACUUUAAGAAGUGCCUGACGCUGCCUCAAAGCCCCUGGUCUAGGGUUCACUUCAAGGGCUAUCCACCCAGGUGACAUCCUUCGGCACCACCAACCACCCACUUAGACCACCCCCCACAUCCCUCCCAAUCCCCCAAACCCAGACUCAUGCUCCGUCCAUUCGGAGAGCCUAAAGAGAGAUAGUGAGGAACAGAAGAUCUGGCCCACAAAUUUGCCAUCCACUGACCUCCCCUCCGACAUCAUCCUGUGAGCGAAAUCACACAUGAAUAGACAUCAAAGCCUCCGAAUGCAUCUAAUUCACAGAGAAUGCCAUACCACUCAUUGAGAAAGAAGAACGCAGUUGAAACACAGCUCCGCCCACCUGCCAUCUCUUUCCCAUGGAGGUCAUGCCUAGAAAUGCACUUAAAGACAAAAAACCCGAGAAACUAUCUGGAGGUACUGUUAUGACAGAUGACUCUUUUAAAUCUAGGGAAGGAAACAAAAAACAUCAGAUAAAUAAAGGAAAAUGUUUUAUUUCAAGAUUUAGAAUAAAGUUUUUUAAAGAGG